AGAGAGAGAGAAAGAGAAAUAUAUAUAUAGAGAGAGAGAGGAUCGCUCUCCCCCGCUGCUCGCUGUUCCCCCGCCGCCGCGCUGAACGCGGAAAGGAAAAAACGCGCUCGGUAGAUGAAAGGUCAAUUUACUCGUUACCAAAAAUAAAAAAAUGACGUCACUAGACUUGUACCACAACCGACGGAGAACAGAGUGUAUUAAAAAAAAGAGUCAGAUCUGAGCACGAGCUGCCCAACGCCUCUGACGUCGGAGGAGGCGGGGCCGCGGGGCGUCAGUGCUUGCGUCAGCGCGCCGUAGGCGGAAAUGGCGUGUUAGCCGUUGACAACCAGGGAAAACCAAAACAACAGUCAGAGAGAGGCUGUUAGCUAAGAAGCUAAGCUAAGCUAGCUGCUGUAUUAAUAAACAGAGCGCAGUGUUAAACCGUAGUGUUUAUCUGUCUGCUCGAGAUGUCCAGUAUGGAGAAGCAUCUUUUCAACCUCAAGUUUGCUGCCAAAGAACUGGAAAGGAAUGCAAAGAAAUGUGACAAAGAGGAAAAGGCUGAAAAGGCUAAAGUGAAAAAGGCUAUCCAGAAAGGGAAUACGGAAGUAGCACGGAUACAUGCUGAAAAUGCAAUCCGGCAGAAGAACCAAUCUAUUAACUUUUUAAGGAUGAGUGCUCGCGUCGAUGCAGUGGCUGCCCGUGUGCAAACUGCAGUAACAACGAAUAAGGUCACCAAAUCCAUGGGAGGUGUGGUUAAGUCAAUGGAUGCCACUCUGAAAAGCAUGAACUUGGAAAAGAUAUCGGCUCUCAUGGACAAGUUUGAGAGUCAGUUUGAAACUCUGGAUGUUCAGACAGCACAGAUGGAAGACACUAUGGGUAACACCACCACAUUAACCACACCACAGAACGAAGUGGAGUCUCUAAUGCAUGAGAUGGCAGAUGAAGCUGGGUUGGAUCUGAACAUGGAGCUUCCUCAAGAACAGACAGGCUCUAUUAGCACUAGCGUAGCAUCGGCUGAGCAGGAUGAACUCUCUCAGCGGCUGGCCAGACUGCGGGACCAAAUCUAGAGUUGCAUCACUGCAUGUACAUCUGUUAACUGUCUGUGAAUUGAUGACGGGGUGAGUGUGUCUUCAGCCCUGCAGAAAAGGACUUGUUCCUAUAAAGAUUAAAGGCUCUGUGCAUGUGAUCAUCAUGCUUUUAGGUGCCUCUCGGUGGCGCUGCUGAGCAGGAACAUUCAUUUUGCUCUGACAGGAAGGAGAAAAGCUGGCUGGGUCUUAAUGUCAUAUUUUUGCCUAGAAGAUUAAGGCUGUUUAGCUGUAUAGGGAUGUGCAAUGGAAACUAUAACGUGCAUUUGGCAUGCAGUUGCCCUGACACAUUUAUUUAAAGCGUGUGCUUUCAGAAUGAUUUAUGGUGGAGCAUUAUUUAUAUAUUUAUUUAUUUAAUAUGAGAAGAAGGUCUGGAUGUGUUUUCUCUGAAUUUGCUGCAUGUUAACACAUCAUAAGGCCCUUAAUGCACUUUAUAUUAACUGCUCUAUAAGUGUGUGCACCCGGCUAAUACCACAAUGAGCCACAUUGAUCCUGGACUGGUCCAUUGUCCUUUUUGUCAAGUAAGCAGAAUAAAAACUAUAUAUCCAGUAAGCAGAAGGCAGGUCAAAAUACAAAUCUUUGUUGUAGCUGUAGGAUGAGGAUAUACAGUGGACAACAAUAGAAAUUAAAAUAAAGAAAAACACCAAUGGAAAUGGAGUCAUACUAUAUUUCAACCCAAAAGAGCCCAUAGUGACUUAGUGACUGACUUAUCGUCCAAUUUAUUAACAUGAGCUCAAUCAUUUUUGCUGAUAUUAGCAAAAUUAGCGUAUUAAUAUAAAUAAUAUAAAUAACAUUAUUAAUAUAAUGAGUUGGUAACUUUGUUUAACAAAAUCGUUAAUUUUUAUUUAAAAAUGUAUACAUUUUUGUUAAUAUAAAUAAAAUAAUAUUAUUAAUGUAAUCAAAUAGUAACUUUAUGAUUAAGAAAUUUGUUAAAUUUUAUUUAUGUUUCAUUAAAAAUGAAAUAAAGUAAUUUUUCAAUGCUAUUCUGUUUUUUUGAGAUGCACUAGUAUAUCAGUAUUCAGAACUGGGUCCAGGCUCCUAUAGGCUAAGGUAGCUCAAUGCUGUUAUUAUGUUUGAUUGAAAAGGACUGUUCAAAGCUGAAAUUACAGGUUGUCCAGUACAAAACUGGCUAAACAAGUGGCAGCAGGUCUGUUUUAUUAUUUAUCAAAUUUUGCAUUGUAUGUGUAAAGGACUAAAGUGUUUCUUAAUAAAAACAUAUAAUGCAGAUGUUGACAUAUAAGCUUUCUAUUAAUUAUUUAUGUCUACCCUUUUACUUAUUUGUGUAUUGCACUGUUUGCUGUGAAUUUACAUCAGUACUGCACUUCACAUUUCUUAUAGGCAUGUAACCUUGCUGUUUAUUUAUCUAUUUAUUUAUUUAUUUAUUUAUUUAUUUAUUAUUGUGUGAAAUAUGGAGAUAUUUAAAAUAGUAAUAAAGCUUAAAGUAAUAGUUUGAACCAAUAAACAAGGUUUUUAUGUAAAUUUAAGUACUGUUUGUGUAUUACUCUUCACAUGCACCUGUCAGUAGCAGUGUAUUCUUAUCUGUUUUCUUAUUAAACGCUGAGAUGUUAUCUGUGA